AUGCCUGGGGGCGCCGCGCUGGGCCUGCGCCUCUGGCUCUGCCUGGGACUCCUCGACGGCCUGGCCAGUGGCUAUUCCAUGAUGCCCCCAACUUUGAACAUGACAGAUGAGGUGCACGUCAUUGACACAGGUGACAGUCUGUCCAUCUCCUGCAGAGGGCAGCACCCCCUCGAGUGGGCCUGGCCAGGGGCUCCGGGAGCACUCACCACAGAGGAGAAGGACAGUGAAGACACAGGCAUCUUACGAGAUUGUGAGGGCACCGACACCAGGCCCUACUGUAAGGCACUGCUGCUGCGUGAGGCCCAUGGCAAUGACACAGGCAGCUACCGCUGUUACUACAAAUACAUCAAGGCUCGCAUCGAGGGCACCACAGCCGCCAGUGCCUACGUGUUCGUGAGAGACUUUGAGCAGCCAUUCAUCAACAAACCUGACACGCUCCUGGUCAACAGGAAGGACUCCAUGUGGGUGCCCUGCCUGGUGUCAGUGCCUGGCCUCAAUGUCACUCUGCGCUCGCAAAGCUCAGUGCUGCGGCCCGACGGGCAGGAGGUGGUGUGGGAUGACCGCCAAGGCAUGCGAGUACCAACAGCACUGCUGCGAGAUGCCCUUUACCUGCAGUGUGAGACUACCUGGGGUGGCCAGGACUUUCUGUCCAACCCCUUCCUGGUGCACAUCACAGGCAAUGAGCUCUAUGACAUUCAGCUGUUCCCUAAGAAGUCCCUGGAGCUGCUGGUUGGGGAGAAGCUGGUCCUGAACUGUACCGUGUGGGCCGAGUUCAACUCGGGCGUCACCUUUGAUUGGGAAUACCCAGGCAAGCAGGCAGAGCGGGGUAAGUGGGUCCCCGAGCGGCGUUCCCAGCAGACUCACACAGAGCUGUCCAGCAUCCUGACCAUCCACAACGUCAGCCUACGUGACCUAGGCCCAUACAUGUGCGAGGCCAACAACGGCAUGCAACGCUUCCGGGACAGCACUGAGGUCAUCGUGCAUGAAAAGCCCUUCAUCAGCGUGGAAUGGCUCAAAGGACCGGUCCUAGAGGCAACAGUGGGGGAUGAGCUAGUGAAGCUACCCGUGAAGCUGGCAGCCUACCCCCCACCCGAGUUCCAGUGGUACAAAGACAGGAAGGCAGUGCCUGGGCGGCACAGUCCACAUGCUCUGGUACUCAAAGACGUGACUGAAGCCAGUGCGGGCAUCUACACACUCGCCCUAUGGAACUCUGCAGCUGGCCUAAGAUGCAACAUCAGCCUGGAACUGGUGGUGAACGUGCCCCCCCACAUCCAUGAGAAGGAGGCCUCCUCACCCAGCAUCUACUCCCACCAUAGCCGUCAGGCCCUCACAUGCACAGCCUACGGGGUGCCACAACCUCUCAGUGUCCAGUGGCUAUGGCGACCGUGGACACCCUGCAAGACAUUUACCCAGCACAGCCUCCGGCGGCGCCGGCGGCAGCGAGACCACAUGCCACAGUGCCAAGACUGGAAGGAGGUGACCAUGCAGGAUGCCAGAAACCCCAUUGAAAGCCUGGACACCUGGUCAGAAUUUGUGGAAGGGAAGAACAAGACGGUGAGCAAGCUGGUGAUCCAAAAUGCUAAUGUGUCUGCCAUGUACAAAUGUGUGGUCUCCAACAAAGUGGGCCGGGACGAGCGGCUCAUCUACUUCUAUGUGACCACCAUCCCUGACGGCUUCAGCAUAAAGUCAGAGCCCUCCGAGGAGCCCCUGGAGGGCCAGUCUGUGCGCCUGAGCUGCCAAGCAGACAACUUCACUUAUGAGCACCUGCGCUGGUACCGCCUCAACCUGUCCAUGUUGCAUGACGCGCAGGGCAACCCCCUGCUGCUCGACUGCAAGAAUGUGCACCUCUUUGCAACACCACUGGCUGCCAGCCUGGAAGAGGCGGCAUCGGGCACGCGCCACACCACACUCACCCUGAGCAUCCCCCACGUGGCCCCGGAGCACGAGGGCGACUACGUGUGCGAGGUGCAGGACCGGCGCAGCCGCGACAAGCACUGCCACAAGAAGUAUCUGUCGGUGCAGGCCCUGGAAGCCCCGCGGCUCACGCAGAACCUGACUGACAUUCUGGUGAACGUGAGCGACUCGCUGGAAAUGCGGUGCGCAGUGGCCGGUGCUCACGUGCCCAGCAUUGUGUGGUACAAGGACGAACGGCUGCUGGAGGAAGAAUCCGGAAUCGACCUCGCUGACUCCAACCAGAGGCUGAGCAUCCAGCGCGUCCGAGAGCAGGAUGCCGGCCGCUACCUAUGCAGCGUGUGCAAUGCCAAGGGCUGUGUCAACUCUUCCGCUAGCGUGGCCGUAGGAGGCUCAGAGGAGAGAGGCAGCAUGGAGAUCGUGAUCCUCGUGGGCACUGGCGUCAUUGCUGUCUUUUUUUGGGUCCUCCUCCUCCUUAUCUUCUGUAACGUGCGGAGGCCAGCCCACGCCGACAUCAAGACAGGCUACUUGUCCAUCAUCAUGGACCCUGGGGAGAUACCCCUGGAGGAGCAGUGUGAAUACCUGUCCUACGACGCCAGCCAGUGGGAGUUCCCCCGUGAGCGGCUACACCUGGGGAGAGUCCUGGGCCAUGGAGCCUUCGGGAAAGUGGUGGAAGCUUCUGCUUUCGGCAUCAACAAGGGCAGCAGCUGUGACACGGUGGCCGUGAAGAUGCUAAAAGAGGGCGCCACAGCCAGUGAGCACCGAGCCCUGAUGUCUGAGCUCAAAAUCUUAAUACACAUCGGCAACCACCUCAACGUGGUCAAUCUCCUUGGGGCAUGCACCAAACCCAACGGCCCCCUCAUGGUGAUCGUGGAGUUUUGCAAGUAUGGCAACCUCUCCAACUUCCUGCGCACAAAGCGCGAUGCCUUCAAUCCCUUGGCGGAAAAGUCUCCUGAGCAGCGAAGGUGCUUCCGCGCCAUGGUGGAGGGGGCCAAGGCCGAUCGACGGGGUCCAAGGAAUAGUGACAGGGCCCUCCUGAGUCGUCUCCUGAUGGGAAAGGGUGGGACAGCACGGGCGCCCCCAGUCCAAGAAGCUGAAGACCUGUGGCUGAGCCCACUGACCAUGGAAGAUCUUGUGUGCUACAGUUUCCAGGUGGCUCGAGGGAUGGAGUUCCUGGCCUCCCGAAAGUGCAUCCACAGAGACCUGGCUGCUCGAAACAUCCUGCUUUCGGAAAGUGACGUAGUGAAGAUCUGUGACUUCGGUCUCGCCCGGGACAUCUACAAAGAUCCUGACUAUGUUCGCAAGGGCAGCGCCCGCCUGCCCCUGAAGUGGAUGGCCCCUGAGAGCAUCUUUGACAAGGUGUACACCACACAGAGCGAUGUCUGGUCCUUUGGAGUGCUGCUCUGGGAGAUCUUCUCCCUGGGGGCCUCCCCUUACCCUGGGGUGCAGAUCAACGAGGAGUUCUGCCAAAGGUUGAAAGAUGGCACCCGAAUGCGGGCCCCAGAGCUGGCCACCCCUGCCAUUCGUCACAUCAUGCUGAGCUGCUGGUCCGGAAACCCCAAAGCAAGGCCUGCCUUCUCAGAGCUAGUGGAGAUCUUGGGUGACCUGCUCCAAGCAGGGGGCCAGCAGGAGGGAGAAGAUGGUUACCCGGCCCCUCAUGACUCUCAGAGCUCAGAGGAAAGCAGCUUCUUGCAGGCAUCCACCACAGCACUACAUGUGGUUGAGGCAGAAGUGGAGGACAGCCCACCCAGCCUGCAUCGCCACAACCUAGCUGCCAGAUACUACAAUUGUGUGUCCUUCCCGGGGUGCCUGGCCGGAGGGGUGCAGGCCCAGGGUCCCUCUGGGGUGAAGACAUUUGAAGAGUUCCCCAUGAUGCCAACAGCCUACAAAGCCUCUGGGGACAACCAGACAGACAGUGGGAUGGUGCUGGCCUCGGAGGAACUGGAGCAGAUAGAGGACAGGCGGUCACCCCAGGGGGAAUACCUUCCUUAUCUUGGCAGCUGUAAAGGACCUGGUCAGGCUGCAGACAGGACCAGGGUGCACCCUGGUCCCCAAGGGAGACAGCAACGGUCUGAUUGGGAGACUGUGCAAGGAGGCCAGGUUUUCUACAACAGCAAGUAUGGGGAGCUGUCUUGACCAUGUGAAGAUGGUGACAGCCCCUGUGUCUGCCUGCCUACCCUUCUUCACUGCAGCCUGGGCCCUGCCAGCUGGAGGGGUGGGGGC